UUUGCACUCCCCAAACAAACUUCUCCGAAUCGAAUGGAAGGCCGCUUAACUUCCACUCUCACCGAUCUUGCCGAUGAGCCAACUUUGCAGCCCGAUUUCAUCCGCGACGAGGAUGAGCGUUCCAAAGUUCCUUACAACCAUUUCAGCAAUGAAGUCCCGAUCAUCUCCAUCGCCGGAAUCGACGACGUUGAAGGCGGCGGCAGGGCCGAGAUCUGCCGGAAGAUCAUUGACGCUUGCGAGGACUGGGGGAUCUUCCAGAUCGUCGACCAUGGCGUCGAUUCGGAAAUUGUUUCCGAUAUGGCUCGUCUCGCUCGAGAGUUCUUUGCACUUCCGUCCGAGGAGAAACUCCGUUACGAUAUGUCUGGCGGUAAGAAGGGCGGAUUCAUCGUCUCCAGCCAUCUCAAGGGAGAAGUUGUUAAAGAUUGGCGUGAGAUAGUGACCUACUUUUCGUACCCGAUUAGAAACAGAGACUAUUCGCUGUGGCCAGACAAGCCAGAGGGGUGGGCGGCGAAGACGGCGGAGUACAGCGAGAAGAUGAUGGGAUUGGGGCGUAAGAUGUUGGUGGUUUUAUCAGAAGCCAUGGGGCUGGAGAAGGAGGCCAUAGUAAAGGCCUGUGUGGACAUGGACCAGAAGAUUGUGGUGAAUUUCUAUCCCAAAUGCCCUCAGCCGGACCUCACUUUGGGGCUGAAGCGCCACACUGACCCUGGAACCAUAACGCUGCUGCUGCAGGACCAGGUCGGUGGGCUUCAGGCCACCAAGGACGGUGGCCGGACGUGGAUCACUGUCCAGCCCGUCCAAGGCGCUUUCAUCGUCAACUUGGGAGACCAUAGCCAUUAUCUAAGCAAUGGGAGGUUCAAGAAUGCAGAGCACAGAGCAGUAGUGAACUCAAACUCAAGCAGGCUAUCAAUAGCGACAUUUCAAAACCCUGCGCCGGAGGCUAUUGUGUAUCCACUGAAGAUCAGAGAAGGGGAGAAGCCUAUUCUUGAGAAGCCCAUCACCUUCAGUGAGAUGUACCAGACCAAGAUGAACAGGGACAUUGAGCUUGCAAAGCUUAAGAAGCAGGCCCAACAACAACAACAACAAGCCCAAAAGCUUGUUGGAUAAGAAGGCCCAUUUUGGUGGAAGCCCAAGCCCAUUUACAAAAAAUACUCUCUCAUCUCUUUUGUAGGUCAUUGGUUUGUGUUGUGAAGCUAAUAUAUUGCAA